AUGCGGGGGAAGCCACCAUUUGUAGAUAAUGUGCCUCGAAGUAUGCAUCCCUCCGUUGAGCACAUUGACACUUGCGUCCCCGUAACGGCGCUCAAAGCGCUCGAGUUGAGGGAUGUCAAGCUUCUACUCCAAGCCCAAGGCACUUAUAUCAGGCUCAUUGAUGAAGUGAGUGGGAAUCUACUCGCAGAGCUGAAGGCCUUCAAGCGAAACCAUGUGCACGGGUUCGUUGCUCUCAGCCAACAAGAGCAAGCUGCCGGACCCUCACAUGCCCGGUUCAUUGCCUGGGGAGGACAGUCCGUGAGAGCUUUUGACUUGUUUCUCUCUGUUCAGGAGCCCAGUGCAAGACUCGCGGCUGCAAGCGCUGAAUAUCAGGGACCGGAUUGGAUCCUGGCUGGUUGUGCGUCCAGCCAGGAGGAGUCCGCGACUGCAUAUGUGUUGACGGCCCACAAUGCCGUUCUUGGUCUGCAUAUAGUAGAUGGAGACGGGUCAAAACAUGAAAAGGCUGUUCACAUAAAGCCACUUGUUACUGGUGUCAACACGAUUUUGUACUCUGCAGAUAUCGUCGCCCUCUCGGACUCUCACAUCCUGAUCGCUGCAGGGACCGUUUUCGGAGAGAUCAUCGUUUGGUCUUCCUAUCUGAAUGAGUCUGGAGGAGCAGUCGGUUCGAUCCAUCACUUCUUUACAGGCCAUGAAGGGUCAAUCUUCGGAGUCCGGAUAUCUCCUUCUAUUGCUUCCUUGCGCGGCGACCAGAGCGGACGACUGCUGGCUAGUUGUAGUGACGAUAGAACGAUCAGAAUCUGGGACAUUUCUGACUGCGAGCGUACGUCCCGCCACGAUGCGCCGGCGUACUCGACCGAUGGCUUUGAGCUCCGGAGCACUGGCUUCGGUGCUGUAGCUCAUGACAAUGAGGUCGGUUCCGAGAAAACCAUUGCCAGUGCUUUUGGGCAUCUGGCUCGAAUUUGGGGCGUUAACUUCCUACCUGUGGGAGAGGGAUUAGGCAAAGUGAAUCUUAUAUCUCGUGGUGAAGAUGCGACGUGCAUACUAUGGGAUCUCACAUGGGACCCGUCAUCACAGACACCCCAGUUCAAGCUGACCGAGGGCAUCUCCAUCCGCAAACACACUGGCAAGCACGUCUGGUCCUUGGAGGUGCGCAGCACCGAUACUGAGGCGGUGAUUUAUACCGGCGGGGCUGAUGGAGCCGUGAAGAACUUUACCAUUAAGGCAGACGAGAAUGGAUCUCUCGUUCUACCCAAUCUACACGACCGCAUUACGAUGACAGUUGAUACUCAAAAUCCAGAACCCCACGUUGAAACGUCCAUCAAAGGCUUUGAUUUUGUCUCACAGAACGAGUUCAUUGCUGUGACUGCCCGUGGCGAGGUUCAGGUCGGUCAUAUCAAUGCCCAAGACUUGUCUAAACAACAUAUCUUUAAAAAAACAUUAUUCGUCGAAGAUGACCUGCGAUCUUAUUCAGUUGUUGGCAGCUUACCACAGGAGGGUAUUGCCCUCGUGGGUAACGCAAGAGGUUCUAUUCGGCUUUACAAUCAUAACGUCAAGUCCCUGACAAGGCUUGUCGACGUCGGUCAAAGACCUUUGAUUUUGAUCCCCCUCGACUAUAACCAGGUUUCAGAAUCAGAAGCAAACCUGGUAUUCACUGUGUCUUAUCCAAACUCCGAGACAGCAGAGCUUUUCAUGGUAUCGUUGUCAGGUGAUGGACCGUCCGUGGAUAGAAUAACUAUCAAUCUCCCGUACGGCUUCGGUAUGGCAUCUGCAUCCUUGGUAUGUGGUAAGCAGUACCUGGCACUCGGCUCCCUCACUGGCAAUUUCGCUCUGUAUAAGGUGGCCAAUACCGAGAGCAUCGAACCCGUCAUGCCCCCAAGCAAGCUACACGGUCGUGAAGGACUCAGCUACAUCACGUCAUUCUCGUCGCUAUACGGCGAGGAAGAACAGCUGCAUCCGUACUUUUUGACCUGUGGACGGAGCGGGACAUACGGAGUGCACAAGCUGGUUAUCUCAGAAGGCCCGGAGCCUUCUAUUUCGCUUCAAACCCUGCAUCUGGCCUCACUGGCUUUCAACUGUGAGAUUCAAGGAGCCUAUAUCGACAAGGUAUCUCAAGACCUCAUGAUCUACGGAUUUCAGCCCAUGGACUUUGUGCUUUGGAACGAAUCCGCGCAGACAGAAGUCGCUAGGCACAAGUGUAAUGGCGGCCGGCGCGCCUGGGCUUUCCAGCCUAACAACACAAAAGCUUGGGCUGGGUCACUCCUAUGGAUUCAAUCCGGCUUUAGUGGCAUGGAGAUACAUCCGGAAGCCAGCCGGACCUUGCGUUCUGGCAGCCACGGAAGAGAGGUGAAAGCCAUGUCUGCGACUCAGCAGGGUGGACUGGGCCCGUUGUUCGCAACGGGAUCGGAAGAUACAAAUGUGCGUAUCUUUACACCUCGCGAUCCGCAGUCUGAGAACCGCUGGGGUGCGUUCAAAUGUCUACGGCUCCUGCGAGAGCACCACACGGGUCUUCAGAGUGUGGGGUGGUCCACGGACGGGCGCUUCCUCUUUACGAGCGGUGGUUACGAGCAGUUCUUCGUUUGGCGGACACACUCGAUUCCUCGAUUUGGACUUGGAACGACAUUGGAUGGGGAGUGUCCAAAGAGCGAUCCUAACUCGGAUCUUCGGACAACGAGUUUCGACGUAUUGGAGGUGGAGGACGAGCAGGCAGAGGGUUCGUUCCUAAUCUGUCUGACCUAUUCCAACUCCACCAUCAAGAUCUUCCAUUACACCUCAUCGGCCGAAGGAGGCAGCUUUACCCUCUUAGCGAAUGGCACCUACAUGAGCAAUUGCCUGACGCAAGCAAACUUUAUGCUCAAAGGCUCAUCACUGAGCCUAAUCACAGCUUCCACAGACGGCUACUUUACACUCUGGGACCUGACCUCCGUUCUGGAACCUUUCUACACGAUCACAUCACCUCUGCGUAUGAAGCAGACCAUCCAAGGAGCAUCCAUCACCCCAGCAACCAUCUCAUGCGAAAACCGCUACCAGAUCCACUGGAACAGCAUCAAGAGCCUAGAACUGGCCGAUCUAUCAAACACCCUGUCCUUGAUCGUCGCGGCCGGCGACGACAACUCGAUGACCGUCACUCUUCUCGACACGAGCAUCGAGAACGGCGCGGCCACAUGCACCAUCGCAGUCCCCGACGCCCACGCAGCCUGCAUAACGACGACGAAGAUCCUCGCGCAGGACCUGAACCCAAGCGACGGAACUGCUCGAUUCGCCGUCGCAUCGUCCGGCAAUGACCACCAAGUCAAGAUCUGGUGGAUCGACAUUGACACGAAGAUGAACGGGGCGGACCGGAUCCAGAUCAGCAAGGCAGCGGAGCGGUACAGUUCUGUGGCGGACAUUUCGUCGCUGGACAUCCUCCACGAUGCGUCGGGAAGUAAGCUGGUGGUGUGUGGAACUGGCAUGGAGAUGUUGCGUCUGCAGUUGUAG